AGAACAUGGCGCAGCCGCUGCAGUGGGCCAGGUAUCGUUGGCACCGCCUUAUAUCCAGAAAAGGCAGAGUAGACGACGGGACCGGAAGAGAGCCCUCCUCCCCAGGAUGCAAAGGGCUCCAACAGCCGUCCAAGACGGCCAGCAAGCACAGACUAGUUAUACCACACCUGGGGCGUUUUAAAGAAGAAUACGAAAAAGUGUCAAAGCAUUAUAAGAGCAACAAAAUACGAACGACCAAGUACACGUUGUGGAAUUUUAUACCAAGGAACUUAUUUGAGCAGUUCCACAGAGUUGCCAAUUUAUAUUUCCUAUUUAUAGCUGUGCUAAACUGGAUUCCAGUGGUUGAAGCCUUUCAGAAGGAAAUCACAAUGAUACCUCUCGUGGUGGUUCUCGUCGUUAUUGCUGUGAAAGACGGUCUGGAGGAUUACACAAAGUACAAGUUAGACAAAAAACUAAACAACAUAUUGGCACAAGUCUACAGUAGAAGUGAAAAAGCAUACGUAGACAAAUUCUGGAAAAACAUUACUGUUGGAGAUUUUAUCCGAUUGUCGUGUAACGAGGAAAUCCCUGCUGACAUGGUGUUGAUAUAUUCCACGGAUGCGGACGGGAUCUGCUACAUUGAAACUUCCAGCCUUGAUGGAGAGACCAAUUUGAAACAGAGGCAGGUGGUGAGAGGAUUUGAAGAUCAGUCCGAAAUUGAUCCAGAGCAAUUCACAAGUAAAAUAGAAUGCGAGAGCCCCAACAAUGAUCUCAACAGCUUCCGGGGCUUUGUUGAGCAUUUGAAUCAGGAGCGCGUGGGCCUGAGUAAGGAUAACUUACUCCUACGAGGAUGCACAAUCAGAAACACAGAAGCUGUUGUUGGCAUCGUGGUAUAUGCAGGCCACGAAACCAAAUCGAUGCUGAACAACGUGGGGCCUCGUCACAAGCGGAGCAAACUUGAGAAGAGGGUGAACGACCAUAUCUUGUGGUGUGUCCUGCUUCUGAUAGUGAUGUGUUCUGUAGGGUCUGUGGGUUAUGGGAUUUGGCUGAAUAGGUACUAUUCACAGCCCGCUCUGUUUAGUAUCACAGAUUCUGAUGGAAAACCGGUCGUCACUCCGUUAUUGGGAGCAUUCUAUUUGUUUUGGAGGAUGAUCAUUUUAUUACAGGUCUUGAUUCCAGUUUCUCUUUAUGUCUCCAUUGAAUUUGUGAAAUUGGGGCAAAUCUAUUUAAUCCAGAACGACCUAGAUUUUUACCACGAAAAGACAGACACUAUGAUCAAGUGCAGAGCGCUGGAUAUUGCUGAAGACCUUGGGCAGAUCAAGUAUCUUUUCUCAGAUAAGACCGGGACGCUCACGGAGAACAAAAUGGUUUUCCGGAGAUGCACCAUAGCAGGGCAGGAAUACGGACACGAAGAAAACGCUAAGAGGCUGGAGUUAUAUCAAGACGCUGAAUCAGAAGAUGAGGACGUGGCCUUUUCCUCGCAUACUUUGAGGCACGUGUCGAGAGUGAAGAUGUCCCACAUAAAUACAUUUCUGAGUAGCCGGUCUUUGCACCGGGGGCAUGGAAGCAGCAGCUUUGUGAUGGGAUCGUGCCACAUGAGGCAACUGGCCUUCAGCAGCCCCAUGGAAUCCUUUUCCUCGCAUACUUUGAGGCACGUGUCGAGAGUGAAGAUGUCCCACAUAAAUACAUUUCUGAGUAGCCGGUCUUUGCACCGGGGGCAUGGAAGCAGCAGCUUUGUGAUGGGAUCGUGCCACAUGAGGCAACUGGCCUUCAGCAGCCCCAUGGAGACUGAAGUUGUGCCCGACAUAAUGCUACUGCAGAAAUUUAGUCACAUCUCUCACCGUGUCUACGCACGCUCCAUGAUGGAGCAUAUGACCUCCGAGACAGUGUACAUCACUGAGUUUUUCAUCGCUCUGGCAAUUUGCAACACUGUCGUCGUUUCAACACCUAGUCAACCGAGUCAGAAGAGGCUUUGGCCUUCACUUGCUAGAAUACCCAUUCUACCUCUGGAUGAAUUUAGAAAGAUCUUAGACAAGUUGAGCAUCCGGAAACUGAGCUCCUCGCCGGCACCGAGUGCAGGUUCCAGAGUUCCACCGUCCGAGAGCCCCAGGAAUGGUACGCAAAUGUUGGAAGUUUCUGAAGCACAGGUUCUGUCCCCUCCAGGUGAAACGGAAUCCCCUGUUGACUCAAGCCUUGCUGUACCAACGCAAGAAGAAUCCCUGGAGAUAAAUUCUGCCUCCGCUCCUGGAACUCUGUCUCAGCCAUCUGAAGAAUCUCAGCUGUGCUACGAGGCGGAGAGUCCUGAUGAAGCCGCCCUGGUUCACGCCGCCAGAGCAUACUCAUGUACUUUACAGUCAAGGAGUCCCGAUCAGGUUACGAUAGACUUUGGCCCUUUAGGGAUUUUAACAUUUCAGUUGUUGCACAUCCUGCCUUUCGACGCCUUACGGAAACGGAUGUCGGUAGUGGUGAGGCACCCUAUCUUGAAAAAAGUCGUGGUGUACACGAAAGGGGCGGAUUCCGUCAUAAUGGAUUCGCUGCGGGCGGAACACACAGGUAUUAAAAAGGUAGAUAUGCGAAAGCACAGAAUUAAGGAAAAAACUCAGAGACACUUAAAUGAAUAUGCCAGGAAAGGGCUGCGCACUCUCUGUGUAGCUUCAAAGGUAAUGAGCGACUCGGAGUACGAGGAGUGGUUAAAGGAGCAUUUUGUAGCUGAAAGUGAUAUAGAUAGCAGGGAGGAACUGCUCCUUGAGUCCGCCUUGAGGCUUGAGACCAAUUUAACUUUGCUCGGGGCCACUGGGGUUGAAGAUCGCUUGCAAGAGGGUGUUCCAGACACCAUAGCAUCCCUCAGGAGAGCUGGGAUCACCAUCUGGAUGCUGACGGGUGAUAAACAGGAGACUGCUGUGAAUGUAGCCCAUUCCUGUAGAUUACUGGAACCGGUCGACAAGCUCUUCACUCUCAAGUCUGAUAGUCAGGAGGCCUGUGAACAGCUGAUUGAAAACAUCUUAGAAGAAAUGAAGGUCAAUCUCCAUCCCAAAGGAAGCUGCAUCACAGACAUUUUGAACGUCCCCAGAACUUCGGUGGACCACAUCCCCCAGCUCAGCGCUGGCCUGAUUAUAGACGGACCGACCUUAGCCUUCGCCUUGCACGAAACGACACGGCCCAAAUUCCUGCAGCUCACGGCACGGGUGCGGGCCGUCAUCUGCUGCAGGGCGACACCCCUGCAGAAGAGCCAGCUGGUGAAGCUGGUGAGAAAGGAUCUCGGUGUGAUGACUAUGGCUGUAGGUGAUGGUGCCAAUGACGUCAGCAUGAUCCAGGUUGCUGAUGUGGGAAUUGGAAUCUCUGGCCAAGAAGGCAUGCAGGCUGUGAUGGCAAGUGAUUUUGCAGUUUCUCAGUUCAGACACCUCAACAAACUGCUGUUCGUUCACGGUCACUGGUGUUACACUCGACUGGCCAACAUGGUGCUUUAUUUUUUCUACAAGAAUUUGGUCUACGUAGCCGUCCUGUUCUGGUAUCAGUUCUUCAGUGGGUUUUCCGGAAUAGCCAUGACUGACCACUGGAGCCUGAUUUUGUUCAACGUUCUCUUCACAUCAGUGCCACCCGUUAUUUAUGGUGUUUUGGACCAAGAUAUAUCUGCAAACGUCCUUCUCCACCUGCCAGAACUUUACAAGGCCAGUCAGAGAUCUGAGCCUUAUGUAUCCUCGACCUUCUUGAUCAACCUCAUAGAUGCCGCCUAUCAAAGCCUGGCUUGCUUUUUCAUCUGUUACAUGACUUACGCUGGUUCUGAUGUAGACAUCUUUUCCUUUGGGGGACCUCUCAACACUUCUAUCUUCUUAAUAAUAAUUCUACAUCUUAUGAUUGAAAGUAAAUCCCUGAAUUGGAUACUCAUUGGUGUUAUGGUUGGAAGUGCUGUACUGUAUUUCUUCUUUGCCGUGAUCUUCGGAGCUUCCUGCCUCCUCUGCAACCCACCGGCCAACCCAUACUGGAUCAUGCAGAGGCACCUGAGUGAUCCAAGGUUCUACUUGGUUUGCAUCAUGUCAACAUUGGUGGCCCUGUUUCCCAGGUAUGUCUUCAGGGUGUUACAAGGUAGCUUGUUUCCAACUCCACUGCUGAAAGCCAAACUGCUGGAAAGUCGUUUCGUUGGGCCACGGAAAAGUCAGCUGCACAGCAGAAGAAUAACCCCAGUAGGAGGAGGAAGAAUUGAUCGCUAGGAAACAAGCCUGCCGAUUCUCAAAAGCAAAGUUUGCACUGUGUGGCUGUUACCAAUACGCCUGUCUCUGUUUUGGAUAGCUUUGGGGGCACAUCUCAGAAGAGGAAUGCCCUUUCGGAUCAGGCUCCCAGGAAACCUCUGGCAGUAACAGAAAGCUGAACUGGGAGGGUACUGAACAUCUGUCAUACACCCCAAAGGGAUUCUGUUCUAUCAGAUACGGAGCUAGUGAUUCCUAAGACGGAGGCUUGGGAUUCACUUCUGAAGAGGACUGCAGUGAUAUUUCCCUAAUGAACAGGACUCGUUUGAAUUCUGCCUUGAGCCAAUGAGGUUUUAGCAUGCCCCGCCAAAAAUGGAUGGUUGCUUAAUUUUUCCAAAUCCAACAGAGAUGUUGGUGCGUUUAAACUGUCUUUCUCACCAGACUUUUAUUUUUCAUACAACACGCAACCCCCACCACCAAGCCACUUAAAAAUGUAUUUACAAUAAGUUAUUCAAUGUAUGCACGUGCAUGCAUUGUUGAAAUCCCCCCCCCCCCCCGGUCAGUUGCUUCUGUUCUGUGGACUACAAUGGAGAAAUCAUAUGGGCUGGGAGGGAGAUUUGGGGCUUGCUGCAUUUUGACUUUGUUCUUUCCAGUGUAAAGUUGCAAUGUUUGGGUCCGGGCAAUGUUAGGAAAUCUCUCUAGCAAGGUACACUGUGGUUCCUGCAGGGAAGAGCUGUGCAAGACAUUGAGCCUAAUCAGUCUCUUACCAAUAACACUUACAAUUCUUCCUGGAAGCAAGAUUCAUAGAUUAAGUAUAUGAGACUUUUCUCUGGAAAAUGUACCAACAGAGAAUGUGGGAGAGGCAGGUUUCUAGAAAAGCACAGUGUUUUGUACUUAUUAGGAUGAUUAUGUGAAUGUAAUAAGUUCUCAAAAGUCAGCUGUUUCAUUUUAUAAGGGGCAGGGUUAAAUUUGUUCUUUUAAAAAAUGUUUAUAUCAUAAAACAGUGUUGUGUUCUGGUGUGUGCCCUCCCUUUCAUCGUUCA